CGCCCCGCCCGCACUCCGGCCCAGGAUGCGCCGCGCCCGGCGCGGUGCAGCGCGCGGCGGGUGCCCGCGGAUGCCGCCGCGCCAGCGGGAGCCCCGCCGGGGGCUGGGGGGGCCGGCGCGUCCCGCCGCCCCGCCCGCCGCCACCCGCCCGGCCGCCCUGGCCCUCAUCACCCUCCUCAGCUUCGCCUCCCGCUUCCACCGCCUGCGGGAGCCGCCGCACGUAUGUUGGGAUGAAACUCAUUUUGGGAAGAUGGGAAGUUACUACAUUAAUCGGACCUUCUUCUUUGAUGUCCAUCCCCCUUUGGGGAAGAUGCUGAUUGGACUGGCUGGCUACCUUAGUGGAUAUGAUGGUACAUUUCCUUUCCAAAAGCCAGGGGAUCGAUAUGAGCAGCACAACUAUGUAGGGAUGAGAGGGUUUUGUGCGUUUCUUGGCUCCUGCCUGGUUCCUUUUGCCUACCUCACAGUGUUGGAACUGUCAAAGUCACUGCCAGCAGCCUUACUCACGGCUUUCAUCCUUAUUUUUGAUACAGGCUGUAUUACAUUGUCCCAAUAUAUUCUGCUGGAUCCCAUUCUAAUGUUCUUUCUCAUGGGAGCUGUUCUGAGUAUGGUGAAAUGUAACAGCUGUGCAGACAGGCCAUUUUCUGCCUCCUGGUGGUUCUGGCUGAGUCUGACUGGUGUGAGCCUUGCUGGAGCAAUGGGGGUAAAAUUUGUUGGCCUUUUUGUAGUCCUCUUGGUUGGCUUGAACACAAUCUAUGACCUAUGGGACUUGCUGGGGAACCUCAGCCUGUCACUGGUCAUGUUUGGGAAGCAUUUACUGGCUCGUGUACUCUGCCUCAUCGUCCUCCCACUUGCCCUCUACACGGCUAUGUUUGCUGUUCAUUUUGCAGUGUUAAAUAGAAGUGGUCCUGGGGAUGGUUUCUUCAGUUCAGCAUUUCAAUCUCAGCUGAUUGGGAACAAUCUUCAUAAUGUCUCCGUUCCAGAGCAUUUGGCAUAUGGGUCUGUGGUGACAAUGAAGAACCUUAGGAUGGCAGGGGGAUACCUGCACUCCCACUGGCACCUCUAUCCCGAGGGCGUUGGGGCUCGCCAGCAGCAGGUCACUGCUUACUUACAUAAAGAUUUGAAUAACCUGUGGAUCAUAAAGAAACAUGACUCAGAUACAGCAGAUCUGUCUGACCCUUCAAGCCCUGUGGAGUUUGUGAGGCAUGGAGAUAUUAUUCGUCUGGAACAUAAAGAAACUUCUAGAAAUCUGCACAGUCACCAGCAUGAGGCUCCCCUGACAAGGAAGCAUUUUCAGGUCACUGGCUAUGGAAUAAAUGGAACAGGAGACUCCAAUGACUUCUGGCGGAUUGAGGUGGUGGGCAGAAGGACUGGGCAGCUCAUCAAAGUCCUACGGAGUCAGGUCCGGCUAACCCACGUGGCCACAGGCUGUAUAUUGGGAUCUUCUGGAAAGACUCUGCCAAAAUGGGGCUGGGAACAAGUAGAAGUCACCUGCACACCAUACCUGAAAGAGACACCCAAUUCCCUCUGGAACUUUGAAGAUCAUAUUAACCCUAAAUUGCCCAAUAUCAGCCUGGAUGUUUUGAAGCCUUCUUUUGCAGAAAUUCUGCUAGAAUCCCACAUGGUUAUGAUCCGGGGAAACAGUGGCCUCAAACCAAAGGACAAUGAAGUCACAUCCAAGCCUUGGCACUGGCCCAUCAAUUACCAGGGACUGCGUUUUUCUGGUGUCAAUGAGACGGAUUAUCGGGUUUAUUUGCUUGGAAACCCGGUGAUUUGGUGGCUAAAUCUGGUCACUAUUGGGUUAUAUCUUCUGAUAACAGUUGCCACUGCAGUAGCACUGAAGAGAGGUGUCCAACUGACAUCUGAACUCAAAGAACUGUCCAGAGUCGUGCUACGUGCUGGAGGGCAGAUCACACUGGGCUGGCUCCUUCAUUAUCUCCCUUUUUUUAUGAUGGGUCGAGUUCUCUACUUCCACCACUACUUUCCUGCCAUGCUUUUUUCCAGCAUGUUGACAGGAAUCACCUGGGAUGCACUACUGAAGUUCUGUGCUGGGUUCUUGUCAUGCAGCACUACAGCUAGAAGGGUAUAUGGAGGUGGAUUCCUGGCACUGGUUCUGCUCAUCCUGUACAGCUUCUACCUCUUCCAUCCGCUGUCCUAUGGGAUGAUUGGACCCAUGGCCUCCAACCCAAGCAGCCCCAUGGCAGGGCUCCGGUGGAUGGACUCCUGGGAAUUCUAGAACAAAGGAAGCCUGGGAACAGUGGAUCAGAAACAAGAGAUCUGCUGCAAGUCAGGCUGAUUCUGGUGCUUUGAGGAGGUGACUAUAAAAGGCCCUCUCUGGAGCACUCUGGGUAUAGUACCCCUGUUGCUUUGGCAUUUGUUUGCACUGCCUGCAUUGGAAGAUGCAGAGGAUGACAAGGUCCCCUUAAAUUAAAAGACUCAUCUCCUGAAUCCUUAGGUUAUACUAAUGGACAACUGGCUGCCUGAAUGCCAAUUCCUUGAAGCAGUAUAUGUCAGUCCAACAGCAGUGGCAUUCCAGCAGCCGGAUCAGUACAAGCUGGAGGCUCUCUGCAGUUGCAUGUACACUCUAUGUGUGUGUGUCUUCCUUCUUGUCAUCUAAGUUUGAAGCACUAUAGGACUUCUAUCAAGAUUAACAAUGUUUCUUAUGAGGAGGUUUCUGAAAGCUUACCAUAAGUAUCCGGGGACCUUCAUUCUAGCUGCCUUGGCUGUCUAAAGGUUUUUUUGUUCUGACCCUGGAUUUUUAAAAUUUGACCAAAAGGGUCUGUUUGAAAUCUCCUGAGCCGUUGUGCCUUGCCUGUCUCCCAGGCCCUCUGCAGAGAUGGAAAUUGUUUAUUCCUGUAUACUGCCUUUCUCUCUGGUCACCUUUAAUCAGUUACACAACUCACCUAGCAGGCCUGCUUUCAGGGCCAGACUGUUCCAGCUCAGCUCUUUGUAGCUUCUUUGGGUUCUGUCUGAAGGUGCCAAGGAAAUUACAGUAGAAAUGACAGGUAGUUUAUUUUCAGCCCCAGUAUGCUGUGGAGACCAGCAUGGGGAGGUAGUGGAGACUGUAAUGAUAGCUUGGAAAUCUUACAGACAGCUGUCAUUCAGCUUUUGUUCCCAGCUAUUUCAGUGCCAGUGCCUGUGCUUUCAGAGCAAGGCUGCAUCUCAAUGCAUGUGGCAUCUGCAAAAUGGGCUGCUGGUGCCAAAGUAUCUGCUCAGUGUUCCCAUAUUGAACAAGUUCCUUCUCUAGACUGCUGAACAUCAAAUUACAGGAAAUGUGAGGCCAGGCAAAAAUUCUUUGUCUGUGAAGUUUCAAGAGCCACUGGAUGUUGAAUCCACUCCUUCCAAGAAAGUGGAAAUUGAUUUAUCAGGUGCCUUUAUCCUGUGUUAGGUCUAUUUUUGUCUGUGUUUCUUUUUUUCCAUUUCCUACUCUUCAUCCAAUGUCAAUUUCUUGUCACAGUUCAAGUUGCUACCUUGUAAUAUCCAAGUGAAUGACACUUAGAUCACAGCUGUAUUCCUAUCUCAAGAAGUAAUAUUUGAAAAACUCUUUUAUGUCUGUUUCAAUGAACUCAUGCCUUUCGUUUCAGAGUUCUUGCUUUACUUCACAGCCUUGCAUCAAAAUUACAGGUAGAGGGAAAGUAACAGGUGGGUGUGUCUGCUUUUAAAAAUGGACUGUGCAUUUAUUUCUCUUACCAAAUCUUGGAUUCCAAUGCAUUUCCUACCACAUGGAAGGGCUGCAUUAGCAUAGUUGUUCUGUGGGGGGGACUAGACUCCAGUCAGACUUGCUUUGGGGUCUCUUUAGUAGAGAUCCCCAGCAUUGCUCAGUAAGGCAGCUGCUUGCUUUGUAAGGCUCUGGCUUGGUAGUCACCUCUCUCCAGAAACUGACUCCUAUAGGUACUAGCUCAGAUGGGAUGGAUGUGUGGUUUUGAUUCUAAAGGUUUUGAGUUGAUCACCUGCUGCUUGUACAUGGUGGGAAGUCUUUGCAAUAAUUAGCUGCUGGGUUUGAUGAUUCUUUUCCACUUGUUAUUGCAGGAAGUGCUUCUGCCUGCAUGAGCCAGGAAUUCACAGAGGUGAUAUAUAGGCAAGAAGGAUGUGGGGGAAGGCUGCAAACUUCUUCAGAACCUGCCAAAUCUGACAGCAGCAGGAAAUUGUUAACUGUUGGCAAUGUGAAAGGCAGACAGUGCAGUGUUGCCUUGUAACAAUGUGAUCCACCAAUCUCUUGGUGAGAUUAUUGACUUAAUACAUUGCUGUCCUCAAUAUGAGCUUUUCCUAAGGGAGUCCCAUUGUCAUAGGGAAGAUUUGCCAGAAGAGCUGGCAAAAGCCAUGAUUUAAAGUGAAUUUUUUCCAGCACAUACAAUUACUUUCCCUUAGCAAUAACAAUAAAAUAAAAUCUAAGAAGCUUGUGCUUUGGAAUUACUGUUUGUAACACCCCUUAUUCAUCAUAUUAAACCUUGGGAGUGCAAAAAUUGAGUCAGUAACCUUGAUUUCUUCAGUUAUUAUUAAGGGGUCAGUUUUGUAGGAGUUGCCUGAGGAAGAUGAAUUAUUCUGUUUCUUGGCUAGGAUCCCUCCAUCCUUUAUUACUAAUAAUCUUUUGGAUUUGGAUUGGCAGCUGAGUGCUGAAGGUGGCAAAUUUAGUGCUCCCAUCCCACUUUCCUAUGCACAAAUCCAGCUUCUCUUUCAACACAGACAAAAGGUUUAUUUUUCUUUAGGAUUGUCACUUCAGAAGUUUUCUUGAGAGCACUUGAUUGACAUUGAGACUGUUUCUUAGGUCUUGUGUGCUGGUAAGUAGUUGGAGGCAUACAGUGAAAAAAAAUCUGGCUAUUCCACAAGAGGGAGCAACUUCCAGCAGAAUUUUUAUUUUUCAUCUGGAGUUAAAAGGAUUUAAAUGUCUACAUUGAAGACUAGAGGGCAGACAUUUCCUCUGCACUCUCUGGACUCCAAGGGUUGGGUUUUCAAGUAAGUGUACAUUGUCUGUCUUCUUUCAGGAGAAAAAUACUGGAAAAUUACUCCUGUUAGAAUUUGACCUUCAGUAUUUGCUUCUUAAAACAAAAUCUGUCAGGCCAUUACUGAAACAUAAUAGUAACUUAUAUUUUAUGAGGUCAGUAAAAUACAAUAAUUUGGAUUCCCUUCCUGACUGUCUUGAAAUAUCUGAGUGGUACAGACGUAAGUGCAAGGCACUCUUUGCUUUUGGGAUGGAAUUUAGGCUGCUUCAGUUCAGUUUUUCCCGUUGUGCUUGUGGAAUGAGUUCAGGGUUUUUUUGAGAACUGCUCAUUAGUCCUUCUCCAGUCACAUGGAAAUAGCUAACAGUGCUUUCUGAGGCCAGAGGUGCUGUUCUCUGGAGCAGCUGCUCUCUUUGAACCCUGCUUGACAGGGCUCCUUUUAUCACUGACAAAGUAUUUCUUCAAACUGUAUCCUUGGAUUCAUAUCACAAAAACCUGCAGGCUGCCAUGUUCCCUGCUUCGAAUUCUUUUUUGUGUGUAAACUCUAUUUUCAUCUCUACAGAGUCUGAAGGAUAGAUAGAGGGCCUCUGGGCUCAUCUAGCUUUAUCCUAGGCAAUCCAUCCAUCUUAAAAUGUUUCUGCUAACAGUUGCUUCAGGACAUCGAUAGGCACACAUCUAUUCCAGCAGCAGGGACUGGUCUAUUUCCAGGAACUGGACCACUCAUGCUAUGAGACACAGAUGUGACUGUGAGGAGGAUUUGAAUGGAGAUUUCUGUGCCAAGGUGCCUUUGGUCCAGGUGGAGGACUCCGUGUCAUCACUGUUUGCCACCAUUGUUUGCAGCCCUGGAAGCCACCACCACUCUUUAUUCUGCACAGGGUUUUCUUUUUGCAUCUUGAUUGGAAAGACUGAUUGAUGCACAAAGAGCAUUGACAGAAUAUACUUUCUUAUAUCUUCUUCCUUCCUUCUGGUUCUUGAGGAAUGCCCAAAGUACAAGACAUGUCUUUGCUCCCCCUAAUUUUUGGGCUAUGUAUCCAUUUCAUGCAGAUGCCUGUACAAGGGCUAGGACAGGACAUCUUGUAGUAGCCUGAAUGAAUAAAUACCUGUCACGUGGUCUGAGAGCAAAACCAGAACCUUCUUAUGGAAAGGUGAACAAAUGUGUUUCGUGAUAGUUCCCUCCUGUCCCUCCUGAAUCCCUCAGAGAAUUGUUUUUAAGGGAGUUGAGAGCAAACCAACUGUUAUUGUGGAAACACAAGGCAUUUACCUGAAAUUCUCCAUUGCCAAGCUUAGCAGCUUCCCCUCCAUGCUGUGACUGAGUAACCCUCUGGGCUGGCACUCUGUACACAGGCACUGGUUCCUCCUCUCAGGAUCCUGCUGGCAAUAUGAAAACCUCCUUAGCAGUGCCCUGUUCUCUGCCAGCUGGGGAAUAUAGGUAAGGUAUUUAUUUUUCCCCUUUACAGCAAAGGACCCCAUGACCACACAUGGGCAAGUGUGUCAUGAAAGCAGAAAUGUGUGGACUGUUAGAAAGAGCAACAUAAGGCUCUUUCCUGCUGGGAAAGGAAGGCUGAGGAUAAGAACACCACCUCCACAGCAUACUUUCUUUGGGGCGGGGCUGUUGGCUGCAGGCAGUCAGGACUGAAAAUUCUCUGUCUUCUUUAAAGUACUAAGACCUUGAUUGUGUGAUUGGUUGCGAGUAGCUUCACUUUUUGUAAACUUUUUUAUGCUCUUUACUUGAAUGUCAAGGGCUAUGGUUAACACAAAUAAUAUCUGAGCCUAUCACAUGUUAGCAUAGAUACCACUCCUGCUGAAUUUGUAAUUGAUUCUAAAACUUUGCCAAGGGAGCUUACUGUGUUUUAAGAGAAAGACAGGGUUUAGAGCCAUCCUUGAAGAGCUUGCCCCAGGCUAAGCAAGAGUUUGGAGCAGCAGUGAGAGGGGUUCUUGGUAAUUCUGUUCUGUAUCCUGAACCUUUCUUACUGAUGCCAGGGGAUGUGUGUGUGCAUCUGUCUGAACUGAAUUCUUUUAACUACAAGGGUGCAAUUACUGUACCGUAUGGUGUGGAUGGGAGAAUGUUCCCUUGAGCUAUAAAUGUGUUUUGUACAGGUGACAAUGGAAAAUGAGGUAGAAUUUGGAAUUUAAUUUUGUAAUAAAUAUCUCUUCAUUGAA